AUGUACAUUCCAAGACUGAUAGCGUUUCUAAUUUCAGUUAUAAUACUGGAAACCCCUGCCCACGCCGAAUUCUGUAUACCCCAUCGCUGCACUUUCGGUGAAAAAUGUUGGCCUGAUGAACACUCAUGGCAAGCUCUCAAUGCCACAGUUGGUGGUCGUCUCAUACGCUCCUUCCCUUCGGCUGCAGUCUGUCAUCAGGGACCCUCCUACGACGCACAGGCUUGCGACAUUGCGGAGAAAAACUGGGACAAUAGCUUCUGGCGUACAAAUCAGUCCGGUGCAUAUUCUGCUUUGGUUUGGGAAAUGGGAAAGUACGGGCAAUGUUACUUGGACGAUUUCCACCAGCCUUGUGACCAAGGACGAGUGCCAUAUUACUCUGUGGAUGCAAGAAGCGUCGAGGAUAUCCAAUUCUCGGUGAAUUUCGCCCGUGACAAGGAUUUAUACCUCGUAGUGAAGAAUACGGGACAUGAUCACCUCGGAAGAUCAAGCGGUAAAGGAUCGUUCUCGAUUUGGACACACCAUCUCAAAGGUAUCGAUUGGCAUGAUUCAUUCAUUCCCGAAGGUGCAGCACCCGAAACUUCUGGUAUUCCUGCUGUCACAAUCCAACCCGGAGAGCAAUGGCUAGACGUUUAUCGAGCUGCUGCUGCCCGAAACGUCAUCGUGGUUGGUGGCUCUGCUCGAACGGUGGGUGCUGCAGGAGGAUACGUUCUCGGUGGUGGCCAUUCGCCAUUUGCUCACUAUUACGGGCUUGCUGCUGAUAAUGUUCUUGAAAUGACCAUUGUGUCAGCUGAUGGCACUCACCGGACAGUCAACAAUAAUACAGAUCCAGACUACUUCUGGGCAUUGCGAGGGGGAGGAGGAAAUGCAUGGGGUGUGCUCACUUCGGUGACUUACAAAACACAUCAUGUUCCUCAAAGUUUUAUUAUCGGGUGGACGCAAAUUAAUACCACUAGCAACGAAACCUUUAAGAAGGUAGCCAAACAGUGUCUUCAACUUAUUCCCACUAUAACUGAAGCUGGAUUUACCGGUUACGCGAACAUCGAAGGAGGGUUCUCUGCAAUAUUUGUCCAGCCGAAUGGAACAUUAGAAAACUUCAACAAAACCUUCGCACCACUGGAGAAAUUGUCAAAUAUCCCCGGCGUUUCUGCUCAAAUGGCAGCAUAUCCAGCUAGUUGGGACAUGUACCUCGACACAUUCCUCAAAGAUCCAAAUAUUGCCACGAAUAUUCAGGAUGCGUCUCGGUUGCUGACAGCAGAUGUUCUUCAGAACAAGACGGAUGAGUUGAUUGAAUUGAUUCUAGAGAGUGGCGAUGGAGCAGGAUUUAACUGGAACCCCAUUUCUAAUGAGAUAAUUUCUGAUAAAAGCUUAGUCGGCCAAGCCAACAACGAUGAGCGUGAUAAUACCGCCGUCCAUGAAAUCUGGAAGCAAGCUCAUGGCGUAUUCAGCAUUUCUACCGACUGGAACGAUAACGCCACUGCGGAAGAAAAGCACCGAAAACGCGAAGUUAUGGUUCAUCUGAGCAAUCGGCUAACUGAUAUUGUUGGCGAGGAUGGAGGAACGUAUGUUAACGAAGCAAAUCCAUAUGAACCGAACUGGCAACAGGUAUUUUGGGGAGACAAGUAUCAGCGUCUUUUAUCCAUCAAGAAGCGAGUUGAUCCGACUAAUUUGUUGGUUUGUAAUCGAUGUGUCGGCACUGAUAUUAUAUUGGAGCCUUGA